AUGAAGUGGCUCGUUGUGUUGCUGGCGUGCGCUGCACUCUCCGAGGGGCUCCACAGAGUCCCUCUGAUGAGAUUCAAGUCCAUCAGGGAACAUCUGAGGGAGAAGGGGAUCGUCAUCCCCUACAGCGACCCCGCCCUCAAGUAUGAGCCCUACCGCUCCUUCGCCACGUCCGGCGCCGAGUACAUCAACAACUACGCCGACACCACCUACUACGGGGCGAUCAGCAUCGGGACGCCUCCCCAGUCCUUCCAGGUGCUCUUCGACACUGGCUCCUCCAACCUGUGGGUGGACUCCACGUACUGCAACGACCAGGCCUGCACCGCUCACACGCAGUACAACCCCCAAAGCUCAUCCACCUUCUCCAGCACUAGCCAGACCAUCUACCUGGGCUACGGCGCUGGCAGCCUGUAUGCUGCCCUCGGCUACGACACGCUCAACGUUGCGGGCAUCACCGUCACCAACCAGGAGUUUGCCCUGAGCACCCAGGAACCCAGCCAGCCCUUCCUCUCCGCGCAGUUCGACGGCAUUCUGGGUCUGGCCUACCCCGCCAUCGCCAGCGGCCAGGCCGUGCCUGUGAUGGACACCAUGAUGCAGCAGAACCUGCUUGGGUCCAACAUCUUCGCCUUCUACCUGUCCAGGGAUGCUCAGCAGGGCAGCGAGCUGGCUUUCGGAGAGGUUGACCAAAGCCUGUACCAAGGCCAGAUCUACUGGACCCCCGUCACUGCCCAGACCUACUGGCAAAUUGGUAUCGAUGGGUUCCAGGUGAACGGCCAGGAGUCCGGCUGGUGCAGCCAGGGCUGCCAGGCUAUCGUGGACACCGGCACCUCCCAGCUCACCGCCCCCAGCCAGUUCAUGGGCAGCCUGAUGCAGAGCAUUGGCGCUCAGCAGAACCAGUAUGGAGAGUACGUGGUCGACUGCAGCCAAGUGCAGAGCCUGCCCCCCAUCUCCUUCACCAUGAGCGGAGUGAACUUCCCCCUGCCCGCGUCCGCCUACAUCUCCGUGCAAAACCAGGGCGGAUACCAGGUCUGCGCGGUGGCGAUCAGCUCCACCUACCUGCCCUCUCAGAACGGACAGCCCCUGUGGAUCCUGGGAGAUGUAUUCCUGAGGGAGUACUACUCCGUCUACGACCGCGCCAACAACCGCGUGGGAUUCGCCACCGCCGCCUAAAGCCGACCCGGUUCCGCCCGCCGACCCCGUCCCGACCCGCCCGUCUGCGGGACAGCGCCCUCUCCUUCGCCCCGUUUAAUCUCUCAUUGCAACGGUUCAGAGAUUCGGCUCAAUGGCUUAGAGGUUUUAGAACAAUUAUAUUCACAAAUAAACUGAACUUCCCCUGCUUCUA